UCCUGGAUAAAAUUAAAGUAAAACUUUAAAAAAAUGUUAAAAAAUACUUGUUGUCGCAUAUGUUUAUCCAAUAGUAAAAGGACUGUUAACAUAUUUAACGAUACAGACCUCCGCUAUGUUUAUGAAAAGCUCGCCAACUAUAAGAUUGCAGAUGUUGAGUGCUGGUUGUGUUACAUCUGUCACACGAGACUACGACAAUGUCUCCGCCUGCAGCAAAUGGCCAUGAAGACGCGAGGCCUAAUUGACGACAUAUUCCAAGAUAAGAUUGAGUUUGGAACUUAUGGAUGUCUGUUAGAACUAUUACAUUCCAAGACAAAAGUUAUUUCUAUGCCUCCGAAUACACUUCCCAAUAUCAAACAAGAACCGGAUGGGGAGGAAUAUUACUAUAACGAUUUCGAACGCGUUGACGUUCAAGAAGACGCAUAUGAAGAAAAAGUUUUCAUAGAAAUCGAAGGCCCUUCUGCGAUUGUAUCUAAAGGUGCAGACCAGCCAGUAAUCAAGAUGAAAAUGAAGGAGCUAAGUCAAAGUAUUAUAGAGAAAUGUUUAAAUAAAAAGUCCACGUUGCCUCCCAUCACAUAUCCUAAAGACAGAAUAUGUGGAAAUAAGAGCACGGAAAUAAAACAGGAGUUGGAAGGUGACGAUAACACGGAGCAAGACGCUAACACCGAGGGACAAGAGGACAGCGAAACCGUUAUCACACAUCCCUACUUUCUAAAGAAAGAGUACAAAUGUCAUAUCUGUUCGAAGCUACUAACGUGCCCAAGUAAACUGCGCAGGCACAUUAGAGCCCACACGGGCGAGAAGCCGUGGUCCUGCGAUUUCUGCCCAAAAAAAUUCGCAGAGGCGUCCCAACUUAGAUAUCACACGUCGCACCACACCGGCGAAAAGCCGUACGCCUGUGAUGUCUGUUCCAAAAGAUUCCCAAUAAAGUCUCACUUGAAGCAUCAUAAGUUGAUCCACACGGACGAAAAACCGUACCUCUGUGAUGUGUGUCCUAAAAGGUUCUUACACAAGGUCCAUUUGCAGUAUCAUAUGCUCACCCAUACGGGAGUAAAAGCGUUCAGUUGUGAUAUAUGCCAGAAGAAGUUCGCUCAGAAAAAACGUUUGAACACCCACAAAUUGGUACACACGGGCGUGAAGCCUUUCACAUGUGACAUCUGCUCACAAUCGUUCACCUUCAAGAGCAACUUGAAACAACAUAUCGAAAGACAUGAAGUUCACAUUAACACACCAUACACAUGCGAUAUCUGUUCCAAAAGUUUCACCAGCAAGGCCAGUCACUCCGACCACAUGCUAAUACACAAAGGUGAAAAGAAUCACGCCUGCCACAUUUGUGGGAAAAAAUUCACGUUGAAGCGUUAUUUAGUUAUACACGUACGAGGGCAUGAGGGUGUAAGGAAAUUCAGUUGUGACGUCUGUUCCAAACGGUUCACACAGAAAGGCAGUUUGAACGCACACAAACGUCUCCAUUGCCAAUAAAUAGUACAGUCUGUCAAGAAAGAGUAGACCAUAAAGUUAUUAUACCUAUACUG